UGAACUGUAAAUAUAGUAUCAUUAAUUAAAAAGAAAAAAAAUCCCUAUCAUUUACAUUUCAUAGAUUUAAAAUAUAUAAAUAAAUAUGGCAAACAAGGUAGAUGAUAGUCGCCCUAUUUUAGUGCAAUUCGAAAAUGGUAUGUUGAAAGAUGAAUGUAAAAUGACAACUCAGUUCAAGUAUUUACGUUCAAAAGUUCCAAAAUCCAGCAAGCGAAUGCUUAUUGCAAACACGGGAUCACUGACUUAUACUGGAAAUAUUACGAACAAGCAAAACAGUCUUGUAAAGUAUUAUAUUGGAGUCAUGGAUAAAAAAACUAACAAAAUUGAGGAUAUUGAGGCUUGUCAAAUUUGCACUUUGAAGCCAAAAUUAGCUGAGGAAUCCGCAAUGGAAGAAAAGAAAGAUAUCAAAAGUUUCAGACAAAAGAGUGAUACUUUAGUAGAAGCAUUUGGGUCUGCUAAGCAAAAGAGAUUAUUGUCUGCAAGAAAAAAGAACGAGAGUGUCAAUGAGACGAUUAGCGAUAAAGUUGCUGAUGUUGCAAAAAAAAUCUUGGUGGAAACACCACAUACCCCAAAAACAGCCGUGUCACCAACGGAUGAUAUGUUGAUUAUUCCUCCAAUGAACAAAGAAGCUCGUAAUAUUCAAGAAAUUUAUCACAUUGAUGAUAUUAUUUCCUUCCAAGAUUAUCAGCUUCUUAAAGGACAAGCUCAGGAAAUGAUAAAAUGUGACAAUGAAACAUUGAAAACGUGGAAAAACGAAGAAAGGUAUCCCCAGUUUAUCUUGCAUCAUAUUUCUCAGCUACCAAUCAGAUCGUCAGAGCGUGAAGAAAGGGCUUGUUAUUUAUGCUAUUUGAAUUAUUUGAUAACUGUGUUCAAACUCACCUACAAAGAUGUUCAUAAAAAAGAUCCAUGCCCUGGUAUCCCUAAUCCGUUAAAGUCAAGAAUUUUGGAUAACUUCACACAUUCUGAAAACGGAAGGAAUAGAUGCGUGCCCAAAAAGUAUAAAGAUAAAUUACUCUGUUACAUUUUGGUGUUAUCUCUUGUUGUUGAAGAAUAUGAGAUGAACUGUAAUUUACUGAUGAAAGAUCUGAAACUUGGGGUAGCGAGGAUUAGCAAGCUGUUACGAGCAAUUGGAUGUUCAGUCCGAACAGUAAACGCAAAGAAACGUAAAGCUGAUGACGUCACUUCCGUUCCUACAGACCCUUCUGUUACUGCAGCUCUAACCAUGAUGAAUGUUACUAUUAAAGCCGAAUCAAAAGGAGACACGCCUGUGAAAAAAGAAACUAAGAAUAUAAAGGAAGAAGCUUUUGUGACGCCACACGUGAAGCGCGAGCCAGAACUUUAGACACAGAAUUUUUCUGAUUUAACAAUCGAUUCAACAAAACUCCGCUUCGAAUUAAACGUGUAGUUUCAAGAAACCGUAACAUUACAGACUCAAUCCAACUUAAAAGCGAUUUAUCAAAGACUAGUUUAAAAAAUAUUAUCCGCUUGUUCAAAAUGAAGACCGGGAUAAAAAUAAACCGAUAGUGCAGAAGAAUAGAAGAGAAAGUUCCUUCUGAGGUGUCAUUUGAUGGUACUGAAUAUUGAAUGAUUACCUUGAUCAAAUGUCUUGUCGAAUUUAAAUGAUCAUUUGUAACUUCUACUGUAAAAAAUGGCGGAGCUGGAUAAAAAUU